CCGAGGAAGAUCUAUUCCUGUGUCUACGACCUUUCGAGCUAACUGCACGUGUUUGUCCCCUCCGGAGUUUGCAUACAUUAACGUGGUAUAUAAUUCUGGAUACUGCCCCAGACAUCAUCCACGCCCCUUCUUUGUUGCAUAGCAUGGAUGCCACCGAAAAACAGCAACUACGAAAUCACUUUCAUUUGGCGUCGUCCGAAAGCCCUGUCUGCAAUGUCAUUUCUUAUCAGCCGCUAUCUCGCGCUGGUUGGCAAUAUCUAUGGCUUAUAUGUCGAUUUCACGCUCAUUCCAGAUCAGGUUCGAUCAUCUCAUUAUAUAUGUGGCAGGCUCACAACUUAGUUCUGCAGAGCUGUCCGAAAUACACGAUGUCCAGACAGCUGUUUAUUUUUCUGCAACAAUUCGUCAUUUGCGUCAUAUUAAUCAUCCGCACUUAUGCUCUCUACAAUCGUAACAAACGCCUGAUUAUUUGGGUUACAUUCAUCCUCAUUGUUCUUGCGGGAGGCGCAUCUGCGACAACCUUUGGACAGUAUGAAGGGAAUUUGAUGAUUUCGCCAGGAGUUGGCUGUUUCACAACAUACACAGUAGAGAUAUCUGCCCGUUCGGGGCUAGCAUGGCUAGCCAUACUGGCCUUCGAAGCACUCAUCUUUGUCCUCACAGUUUAUAGGAUAUGUAAAUCUAGAGGUUUGUCGCGGUUACGUCUGGUCACCAGGAGAAAUAUCCUUGAUGUCAUGUUUCAUGAUGGUGUGAUGUAUUUUGGAGCCAUGACACUCUGUAAUAUACCGAACAUUGUGAUGUUCUACUAUGGAUCAGCAGCUAUUAGGGGCAAUGUGGGUCUGGCUACAUUCACUAGCUGCAUGUCCGUUACUCUCAUUUCUCGGCUGAUACUUAACCUGCACAAAUCUGUGGACUCUGGCAUUUUGUCUGUCCCUGCCCAGGACGACGACUACUGCCUCUCAGUCUUUACUACUAGUAUCAGCAUACAGUCUGCGAUUGCCUAGAUAUCGCCAUUGCGAAGGUGAUGUCAGGCUCCAUUUCUGUAUGCCAAGAUGUAGAUAUUCUUGUCAUAUGAACAACAAGUACAUUAUAUCAGUUAAUACGUAUGUGUUAGACUAAUAGACCGG